AUGCAAUACGUGCUUAAUAUGCUGAGCCCAUUUGCCCGAAUGGCCGUGUUCCAGGAGAUCGUAUGGUUCAUAAGUCCGCUUCAGCGUUUGGACCAGGUCGAUGAGUUCGUGCGGCGUAUAGACGAGGCCUUUGGAAGUACUGCCACUCAGACGGUUGUGAAUAACAAUACGGACAUGCGGAUGAUGCACUCAUCGGCUCGAAGGAACCACAUUAGCUUUGUGUUCACCACUGGUGCAGAUGAUCCCAUAAUGAAGGUUUUCAGCAAGGUACUACUUGGACGGCACUUUUACUUUUCGAUGAUAAUGUAUGUGGACAAAGUGGGUGAUAUGCAGCCCAUUCACGAACUACUACUUUUUGCCUACAACGAGCAAUUCACCAACUCGAUUGUGUACUUUGAGUCGGAAGGGGGCAUCAACCAGCUCUUUGGCGUGUCCAAAUUUCCCUCAAUGGCAUUCGAAAACCGCACAGACUUUUUGAGUUUCAUGGGAAAGGUUUGGAAGAAGGUUUUAAAUGCCCGCUCGGAUGUGGAGGGAUUCGGAUUCAGCACCCCCUUGCGCCAAGAUCUGCCACAUCUGUAGUCGCGAGGAAGCUACGAUGGGAGUACCUACCGGAUCAUCGAUACCUUUGUGAAGUUCAUCAAUGGCAGUUUCACAGAGCUCCGAAUGCCGCCAGAUGCCCUCGGCGGUCAGGUGAUUAAUAUGAGGCAGACCCUGCAGUUGAUCCGUGAACGCAAGAUGGAGUUCUGUGCCCAUGCCUAUGCUUUGUUCAUGCCCGAUGAUGAACUGGAGAAGACCUACCCGCUGCUGGUGGUUCAGUGGUGUCUGAUGGUUCCGCUGUACAAUAGUGUGUCCACGUACUUCUACCCACUACAGCCUUUCGCCUGGAACGUGUGGUUCUUUGCAGUGGGAGCUCUUUUAGCCCUGGUUCUCCUGGAGCUAAUGUGGCUUAGGCUGUUCGGAAGGUGGUCAGGCUACCAAGGCACUCUAAUGGACACGUUUUGUUAUAUUAUCAAUGUACCCACCGAGGGGCAGUUACAACAGCCCUGCCUCCUUCGAUUUCUCCUUCUGGCCACAGUGUUCUUCCAUGGAUUUUUCCUAUCAGCCUACUACACCUCUAAUUUGGGCAGCAUUCUGACCGUGAAUUUAUUCCACGCCCAGAUCAACACCAUGGAUGAUAUAGUGAGUGCCCAGUUGCCCAUUAUGAUAAUUGACUACGAGUUGCAGUUCCUGCUAAAUCUGAACAAGGAGUUGCCCGAGGAGUUCCUUAAACUCCUGCGUCCGGUGGAUUCCGGCAUUUUCGCGGAGCACCAGACGAGAUUCAAUGGCUCCUUUGCCUAUUUCGUCACCGAGGACCACUGGCAGUUCCUCGACGAGCAGCAGCAGCACUUGCGGCAGCGGCUGUUCAAGCUGAGUGGCAUCUGCUUCGGCUCCUACCACCUCGCCUUUCCCCUGCAGAUGGAUUCGACCCUGUGGCGGGACAUCGAGUACUUUACCUUCCGCAUCCACUCCUCGGGUCUGCUCAGCUUCUAUGCCCGCAGCAGCUUUGGUUCUGCCCUGCACGCCGGUCUGGUGGAGCGGUUGCCGGAGAAUCGGGAGUACACGUCCGCCGGACUGCAACAUCUGGCCAUUGCCUUUUUUUUGCUCUUGGCCAUGAGUGUUUUGGCCGGAAUGGUAUUUGCUCUGGAAAUUAUUUCUAAGGGAUCUGCAAAAACACUUUUUUAUUACCAAUGA